UGCUCUUAUUAUUUUAGCAUGAGCUCAAUUCCAUAUCAGCAUGCAGCACUCGCUGAUAUAACUUUAACUCCAGAUUUAUGCUGCUUAAUGGAAUAAGAUCUGCUGUGCCUGAAGCUUCUCUCAACCUGAAACAAGAUGUUUCACUUUCUUGUACUUCUGGGAUGCUUCACAAUAAUUUUAGGGCCUACAAUUACAGAAUCCUCAACUAUAGGAGAGACAACGACAGAAGCACCAUCUGGAAAUAUAACUACUACAGAGACAACAUCUGAUACAACAAUCACAUCUCCAGAACUCACUGCAGAGACAACAUCUGAUACAACAAUCACAUCUCCAGAACUCACAGCAGAGACAACAACUGAGAUAACAACCACAUCUACAACACCCACUGAAGAGACAACAACUGAGAUAACAACCACAUCUACAACACCCACUGAAGAGACAACAACUGAGAUAACAACCACAUCUACAACACCCACUGAAGUGACAACAACUGAGAUAACAACCACACCUACAACACCCACUGAAGAGACAACCACUGAGAUAACAACCACAUCUACAACACCCACUGAAGAGACAACCACUGAGAUAACAACCACACCUACAACACCCACUGAAGAGACAACAACUGAGAUAACAACCACAUCUACAACACCCACUGAAGAGACAACCACUGAGAUAACAACCACAUCUACAACACCCACUGAAGAGACAACACCUGAGACAACACCCACUGAAGAGACAACAACUGAGAUAACAUCCACACCUACAACACCCACUGAAGAGACAACAACUGAGACAACAACCACAUCUACAACACCCACUGAAGAGACAACUGAGACAACAACCACAUCUCCAACACCCACUGAAGAGACAACAACUGAGACAACAACCACAUCUACAACACCCACUGAAGAGACAACAACUGAGAUAACAACCACACCUACAACACCCACUGAAGAGACAACAACUGAGAUAACAACCACACCUACAACACCCACUGAAGUGACAACAACUGAGACAACAACCACAUCUACAACACCCACUGAAGAGACAACAACUGAGACAACAACCACAUCUACAACACCCACUGAAGAGACAACAACUGAGAUAACAACCACAUCUCCAACAACCACUGAAGAGACAACAACUGAGACAACAACCACACCUACAACACCCACUGAAGAGACAACAGCUGAGAUAACAACCACAUCUACAACAACCACUGAAGAGACAACAACUGAGAUAACAACCACAUCUACAACACCCAAUAAAGAGGCAACAACUGAGACAACAACCACAUCUCCAACAACAGCUGAUGAGACAACAACUGAGACAACAACUGAGACAACAACCACAUCUCCAGAAACCAUUGAAGAGACAACAACCACAUCUCCAACAACCACUGAAGAGACAACAACUGAGACAACAACCACAUCUCCAACAACCACAUCUCCAACAACCACUGAAGAGACAACAACUGAGACAACAACCACAUCUCCAACAACCACAUCUACAACAACCACAUCUACAACACCCACUGAAGAGACAACUGAGACAACAACCAUAUCUCCAACACCCACAGAAGAGACAACAACUGAGACAACAACCACAUCUACAACACCCACUGAAGAGACAACAACUGAGAUAACAACCACACCUACAACACCCACUGAAGAGACAACAACUGAGAUAACAACCACACCUACAACACCCACUGAAGUGACAACACCUGAGACAACACCCACUGAAGAGACAACAACUGAGAUAACAUCCACACCUACAACACCCACUGAAGAGACAACAACUGAGACAACAACCACAUCUACAACACCCACUGAAGAGACAACUGAGACAACAACCACAUCUCCAACACCCACUGAAGAGACAACAACUGAGACAACAACCACAUCUACAACACCCACUGAAGAGACAACAACUGAGAUAACAACCACACCUACAACACCCACUGAAGAGACAACAACUGAGAUAACAACCACACCUACAACACCCACUGAAGUGACAACAACUGAGACAACAACCACAUCUACAACACCCACUGAAGAGACAACAACUGAGACAACAACCACAUCUACAACACCCACUGAAGAGACAACAACUGAGAUAACAACCACAUCUCCAACAACCACUGAAGAGACAACAACUGAGACAACAACCACACCUACAACACCCACUGAAGAGACAACAACUGAUAUAACAACCACAUCUACAACACCCACUGAAGAGACAACAGCUGAGAUAACAACCACAUCUACAACAACCACUGAAGAGACAACAACUGAGAUAACAACCACAUCUACAACACCCAAUAAAGAGGCAACAACUGAGACAACAACCACAUCUCCAACAACAGCUGAUGAGACAACAACUGAGACAACAACUGAGACAACAACCACAUCUCCAGAAACCAUUGAAGAGACAACAACCACAUCUCCAACAACCACUGAAGAGACAACAACUGAGACAACAACCACAUCUCCAACAACCACUGAAGAGACAACAACUGAGACAACAACCACAUCUCCAACAACCACAUCUACAACAACCACAUCUACAACACCCACUGAAGAGACAACUGAGACAACAACCACAUCUCCAACACCCACAGAAGAGACAACAACUGAGACAACAACCACAUCUACAACACCCACUGAAGAGACAACAACUGAGAUAACAACCACACCUACAACACCCACUGAAGAGACAACAACUGAGAUAACAACCACACCUACAACACCCACUGAAGUGACAACAACUGAGACAACAACCACAUCUACAACACCCACUGAAGAGACAACCACUGAGAUAACAACCACACCUACAACACCCACUGAAGAGACAACAACUGAGAUAACAACCACAUCUACAACACCCACUGAAGAGACAACCACUGAGAUAACAACCACAUCUACAACACCCACUGAAGAGACAACACCUGAGACAACACCCACUGAAGAGACAACAACUGAGAUAACAUCCACACCUACAACACCCACUGAAGAGACAACAACUGAGACAACAACCACAUCUUCAACACCCACCGAAGAGACAACAACUGAGAUAACAACCACAUCUACAACACCCACUGAAGAGACAACAACUGAGACAACAACCACAUCUACAACAUCCACUGAAGAGACAACAACUGAGACAACAACCACAUCUACAACAUCCACUGAAGAGACAACAACUGAGACAACAACCACAUCUACAUCACCCAAUGAAGAGACAACAACUGAGAUAACAACCACAUCUCCAACACCCACUGAAGAGACAACAACUGAGAUAACAACCACAUCUACAACACCCAAUAAAGAGGCAACAACUGAGACAACAACCACAUCUCCAACAACAGCUGAUGAGACAACAACUGAGACAACAACUGAGACAACAACCACGUCUCCAGAAACCAUUGAAGAGACAACAACCACAUCUCCAACAACCACUGAAGAGACAACAACUGAGACAACAACCACAUCUCCAACAACCACAUCUCCAACAACCACUGAAGAGACAACAACUGAGACAACAACCACAUCUCCAACAACCACAUCUACAACAACCACAUCUACAACACCCACUGAAGAGACAACUGAGACAACAACCACAUCUCCAACAACCACUGAAGAGACAACAACUGAGACAACAACCACACCUACAACACCCACUGAAGAGACAACAACUGAGACAACAACCACAUCUCCAACAACCACUGAAGAGACAACAACUGAGACAACAACCACAUCUCCAACAACAGCUCAAGAAACAAAAACUGAGACAACAACCACUUCUCCAACAACCACUGAAGAGACAACAACUGAGACAACAACCACAUCUCCAACAACAACAGCUGAAGAGACAACAACUGAGACAACAACCACAUCUCCAACAACAACAGCUGAAGAGACAACCUUAACCACCACCACUUCCCCAACAACCACCACCACUUCCCCAACAACCUCCACCACUUCCCCAACAACCACCACAUCUACAUCUCCAACAACCACCACCACUGCAUCUCCAACAACCACCACCACUACACCUUCAACAACCACCACCACUACAUCUCCAACAACCACCACCACUACAUCUCCAACAACCACCACCACUUCAACAACCACCACCACUACAUCUCCAACAACCACCACAUCUCCAACAACCACCACCACUACAUCUCCAACAACCACCACAACUUCAACAACAGCCACCACAACUACUUCCCCAACAACCACCACCACUACAUCUCCAACAACCACCACCACUUCAACAACAGCCACCACAACUACAUCUCCAACAACCACCACUACAUCUCCAACAACCACCACAACUUCAACAACAGCCACCACAACUACUUCCCCAACAACCACCACAACUACAUCUCCAACAACCACCACCACCACCACUUCCCCAACAACCACCACCACUACAUCUCCAACAACCACCACCACUACAUCUCCAACAACCACCACCACUACAUCUCCAACAACCACCACCACUUCAACAACAGCCACCACAACUACUUCCCCAACAACCACCACAACUACAUCUCCAACAACCACCACCACCACCACCACUUCCCCAACAACCACCACCACUACAUCCCCAACAACCACCACCACUACAUCUCCAACAACCACCACCACCACAUCUCCAACAACCACCACCACCACAUCUCCAACAACCACCACCACUACAUCUCCAACAACCACCACCACUACAACUCCAACAACCACCACCACUACAUCUCCAACAACCACCACCACUACAUCUCCAACAACCACCACCACUUCAACAACAGCCAUCACAACCACUUUUACAACAACCACCACUAAGCUGCAGUCAUCUGCAACUGUUCAAGCACAAACCAAUGCAGUUCAGCUGACGUCCUCUUCACCUCCUACAAACUUCACAUUUGCUGCAGCAGUAAUUAAGAUGAGAUCUUUCAAUGACCUGAGCAAUGAGACAAUCAUAACCUUCAUAGACCAGUUUGCCCAGCAGAUACAGGCUCAAGUUAAUGGAACUAUUAAGAUUACUGUGAAGAAGAUCAAAAAAGUCACACCUUGAGGAUCACGGCAACUAGUAGGGAA